AGCAAGGAAGGUGGAGAGAAUCUAGAAAUACCCAUUUCUUUGAUUUCCUCAAACACCCACAAGAUAAAUAAAUAAGAAAUCAAAAGAGAAGAAGAGAAAGAAAAAGCAGAGAAUAAAAAGAGACCGGAUGUUGACAAAUUUCAUGUCACUGUUAUUAGAAGGUUGUUUGUUUGUAAGGAGAUUUCUUAUCUGGGAUCUCUCUCUGCGCUUCUUCUUUCAGGGACUGGCCCAGCAGAUCGAAAUCCCCAUCUUUUCUUCUCCCUAAUGAAGAUCUAAGCUCUUCCAAUGGCGUUGCAGAAAUACCCACUUCGUUGUUUUCUCUUUUCAAGUUCUUCUGGUUCUUAUUCUGCUAGAGGUGCGCUGCAAGUGCGAGGUGUAGACUGAAUUUUCAUGGAGAGAGUUGGAUUUCUGGGUAGUUGUCGGGUCGUCGAGUUUCUGUUAAAUCCACGGCAUAUUUUCGACGAGGGUUGAUAUAGGAUGUUGGUCUGAGGAAUGGGAACAAAAGUACAGUGUAAGAGCUAUUUGCCAGGAUAUCACUCCAUGAGGGACCUCAAUGAGGAUGCUAACAAUGGUAGCUGGCCUUUAUAUUAUGAAGACAAAACCUUGAAGAGUGGACAGUACUACAAUGGUUUCUUGCCAAGACCUUAUACAGAUGUAUUUCUGGGUUAUGAGAAGGAAAUGAUGAAGCAGACAAUGCUUAAGCAUGAAGCCAUAUUCCGGGGUCAGGUCCAUGAACUUCACCGUCUUUAUAAGAUACAACGAGACUUGAUGGAUGAACUUAAAAGAAAGGAAGUCAACAAAUAUAUGAUAUCUGUGGGGCCAUCACAAUCAAGUCUAUUUCCAUCUCAAAUGCCAUCAGAAGUUGUCCAGAAAAUGUGGCAAAACCCUACUGUUAGACCAUCUGUAUCAGGGGCUGAAAAUAUGCAAUCCACUUUCAGUUCUGUAAAGGAAUGUAAAAGGCAAGUAGGUCCUGUUCCGGCUCAAAAUGGAGGCAGUUCAAAUGAAUGCAAGUUCCCAAGAAGAAUGAUUGAUCUCCAACUUCCAGCUGAUGAGUACAUUGAUAGUGAAGAAGGGGAACCAACUGAAGAAGAGAAACUUUCUAAUCACAGGGUUGCACCUGAGAGUAAUGUAAAGCUGUGCCUCGGCAAUGGUGGUAACUCCAAUCACACAGGAUGUAGUUUGAGAGGUGAUUCAUGUUUACGGAGCACUCAUGGAUUGGCUGACUUGAAUGAGCCCAUCCAGGUUGAUGAAGAAACAUCUUCAGCUUCCAUUGAUUUUGUGGAUCCUAUAGCCAGCCAUGGGGAGGUUCAUCUUUGUGAUCUGCCUGGAAAACGAAAACCAGGCAUCCUAGAGUUGCCAAAGGAAUUUUUCCAAAAUUCCCAGAAGGGAAGGGGUAAUGGUAUCUGUACAAGCAUUCUACGUUCAGAUAGUGAAGGAAACAAACCAGAAUGGCUAUCCUAUAAUCGUGAAGCUGGGCAAAGUAGAAGUAAGUCAAGUAACUCAAGUUCUUUGCCUCAGAGUUUCAGUCAAGAAAAGUUACCUACAGUUUCUGUGCCAGUACAAGUUGACCUUAAAAGAUCUCAUGAAAUCCCCUCAUUUCUCCACACUGAUCAGAUUUCAAGAGAGACAUGGAGAGAAAUGGCAAGUUGUGGUGCAGAAAUCUCUGAAAGAAAUACUGUCACUAAUAACUAUCCUUGCCAAUAUCCAACCAUCCAUCAGUUUGAUAUGUCCCAACCACCAUCAAUUUCAUCUUGUAGAAAGCCGAUGAGUAGCCUGGGCCAGAAUGCUGUAGCAGUUCAAGCACUUCCAUGCAUUGACCCAUCUGCUUCAUCAAGUAGGAGUUCCAAUGUGUCUAUUGAAGGCUAUGGGAUUUUCGGAGAUAAAUGGAGUCUCGACAGCAAUUUGAGAUUGAACCCUAGUUUUGGAAAUGAAGUAUCACACUGUAACGGGUUUUACCAGGGGUCCCAGUUGGAGUCCAAACAGGUUAAGUUACCUAAGGCUGGUUUUGAUUAUCUGAACUGUGUUGAUGGCAAUACUUCAGCCACUAAAUAUUCAGAAAACCAUUCUGCACUUAAGUAUUUUAAGGGUUCAGAAUGCAUGGAUGUGAAGUCUGCAAAGGAUAUGAACCUGAAUGUGGCACUUCCAAUUGGCUUCCAAGAUGGGGUGGUUCCCCAACAGAAUAUUUCCAUUGAUGGAGGGGGGAAACAUGAGGAUCAACCUAGGGGCUUGCCUUGGCUCAGAGCAAAACCAGCUAGCAAUGAUGACGGAGGAAAGGGAAGUUCAUCUCCUUUGAGAUUGGGUUUCUUAAAAGAAUAUUCCAUGCAUUCUCUGAACAAAAGUGAGACUAGAAGCAGUCCUACUUUAAGUUUUAUUCAGAAUCUCAUGUCAGCUUCAUGUCAUCAUGAUGCUGGGCCUAAGAAGACUCAGCCUGGAGGCUGUUCAAGUGAUAAGAAUACCGUUGGGCUUCCCAUUUUUGACAAGGCUCACAUUUCCAACAACCAGUCCUCUUUUUUUAGAUCCCCUACCAAGUCCGGUCAUGAUGCAUCUGAGGUUGAAGUCAUUGACAAUACUGGGAAGGUGGGAGUGGUUCAUAUCGACUUGUCCCUUGAUCAUAUAUUCCAAGACUUGGGAAAGAAGUUAACCACAGAGGAUAAGAUUGUCAAGGACGGAUUGGAUAACAGCCGCACUAGCUCUCAGAAUUGCAUUAAUUUGAAUACUUGUACAAAUGAAGAAGAGAUUCUAUCGGAGUCUUCUGUUCCAAGAGACAAAGUGAAAAUUGCAGUUAUAGAUUUGGAGGCCCCUCCGAUUCUUGAGACUGAGGAGAUUCCUCCUACAGGAGACAACCGUAUAGGAGACCAACCUGAGGAACUUAUCCAGUCAUCACAUCAUGAAGCUGGAGAGAAACAUGAAGAACUUGCCAGAAUAGCUGCAGAAAGUAUCGUCUCCAUCUCAUCUACUGUCCAGGUGCAGUUGAAGGGAUCCAAUUGUCAACCCCCAGAAUCUUUCCUUAGAGACUCCUUGUAUUGGUUUGCAGAAGUAGUUACUUCAAAUAUGGGUUAUCUUGAAAGUGAGGUUAGGUUAACUUCAAGGGUUGAGGGUGGUUGCGAUCAUGAGGGGUCUUCUUCUGAGGGAAUUGAUUAUUUCGAGUCCAUGACAUUGAAGCUGACAGAGACCAAGGUGGAAGAGUACUGGUGUAGGCCUCAGGCUCCAGAGAAUCUGAAGGAGGAAACAGUUGCCACUCCAAAGCCGAGUCGACCUCGUAAGGGCCAGGGGAGGAGGGGAAGGCAGCGAAGGGACUUUCAAAGGGACAUCUUACCAGGUCUUGCUUCUCUCUCGAGGCAUGAAGUGACAGAAGAUCUCCAAACAAUUGGAGGACUGAUGCGAGCUACAGGUCUACCUUGGGAGGCGGGAUUGACAAGGAGGAAUGCUGCUAGAAAUGGAUGGGCAAGGGGGAGAAGGCGUUCGAGAGGCUCUAGUCACACAGUGGAAGUGAGCAAUGUUUUCCUACCUCCAGUGCAACCACCUAUUGAAGUAGGUCUGGAAGAAAAGAACCUAACAGGGUGGGGGAAGACACCUAGACGACCCCGGAGACAGCGAUGUCCAGGUGGUAAUCCUCCUCCUAUUCCUUCUUUAACCAUAGUAUAGAAAGAGGCCUUUGCUUUGUGAUCUGAGAAUUUUAUAGAGGAUAUUGAGUUAAGAAUCGGCAGUUAUUUCUUUGGCUUUGUGGGGGGGGGGGGGGGUGAGGUAGGUAGGAGCCAUGGGGAUUGCUUCCUUGUACAUGUCUUGAGCCCAAAUUUGGGGUGCCGUUGUUUAUUUGUGUUCAAGUUUACCAACUUGUAUCAUUCAUAAAUAAUGUUGCAGUAUUCUUCUAA